AUGUCAUUUGUUCACCUGCCAACCCCACCAAUCCAACCACCAACCCCACCAAUCCAACUGCUGACCCCACCAAUCCAACCGCCGCCACCCACCACCCAACCUGCCCAAGCAGCUCCUCAGGCCGACAACUCCAGCAAAGAGUUUGACUUCAGUGGUGUUCCCAGCACCUCAACUGACGAUGAACUUGGGCAGACUGGUGGACUCUCUCGAGCUUGGGCUCGCCCUCGCACAAGUGGCAGCACUUUCGCUGGAUCAUCAACCCUUGCAACACACCCAGCCAGUCCUGCUGCAGCAACAACAGUGACAUCGGAUACGAGGGCACCAUCGGUGUCAAGCAGUCACUCUAGAAACGUGGCCUUGGAUAUCGCAUACUAUUUUGUCAAGGCGGCCAAAGCCUCCAUACCUGAUUUCAGAGAGAAAUCCGCCUCGAACCCAAAGCUUAAAUUCGAGUUUUCCACCAAUACCUCCAACACCACGCUCAGGAACCACUUGGAGAACGUGCACAAAGAGGAGUACCUUCACCUCUGCGCCAAGAAGGGAUGGAACAACCUGCUUCCAAAGUCGCGAGUUCAGGCGGUAGAAGAAGUCAUCAAAGCAUGGGAAGUUUACUUCAGGGUUCUCAAACAAGAUCUCGCGAUUGCACUCAGAAAGGUGUCGUUCACGGCGGACAUUUGGUCAAAUCAGUCUUGUUAUCCACACCUUGCCAUGACCACCCAUUGGAUCUCACGCACUCCAACAGGUGGCCUGCAGUUCAAUUGCAUGCUUGUGGCUUUUCACCGUAUUCGAGGUAGUCACCAUGCGGAAUGGCUUGUAAGAAUCAUCCUUCACCUUCUCGAUCGAGCAGGCGUUACUGUCAAGGUUGGCCACUGGACACUUGACAAUGCCUCCGUGAAUGCAAAGUUCUUGGAAGAACUCCAAGUCCUUCUUGAAGCAAGGGAUAUUCCCUUCAAUGCAAAGGAUAGACACAUCAUCGAUGAAGCCAAAUUUGCAGCAGCCCUCCCUCCUGUGGAUCCAUGUCAACAAACCUUUGACAAGGCUUGUGCUCAGGAUCCUAUCGCACUAUGCCGUGGCGCUGUUUGUGCGAUCCAUGCCUCUGGUAAACAGCGCAAAAUGUUCCAGGAUAUUAUUUGUGACAGUAACGAGAAGGAGUGGUUCAAGGCAGCCAACGCCCCCACCAAGAUCAUCAAGCUUGAGAAUCUUGAACUUCUUUGUGAUGUUUGA